AUGGCCAGGGGCGCGGAGCGAGGCCGCGGGAGUGCCGGCUGGGGGCUGCGGGGAGCGCUGGCGGCGGUGGCGCUGCUGGCGGCGCUCAGUGCUGCGGGGACGGUGUUUGCGCUGUGCCAGUGGCGUGGGCUGAGCGCGGCGGUGCGGGCGCUGGAGGCUCAGCGCGGCCGCGAGCAGCGCGAGGACAGCGCCCUGCGGUCCUUCUUGGUUGAGUUGAGUCGCGCGCUGCGCCGGGCGCCCGCGCCACCCCUGGACCCCGCCAGCGCCGCGCGCAACAAGCGCAGCCACGGCGGGGAGCCCGCGCCACACAUCCGCGCGGAGAGCCACGACAUGCUGAUGAUGAUGACCUACUCCAUGGUGCCGAUCCGAGUGAUGGUGGACCUCUGCAACAGCACCAAGGGCAUCUGCCUGACAGGCCCACCUGGCCCACCAGGACCUCCAGGAGUUGGUGGGCUUCCAGGACACAAUGGAUCAGAUGGACAGCCUGGUCCCCAGGGCCCAAAAGGAGAAAAGGGAGCAACUGGAAAAAGAGGAAAAAUGGGGCUGCCUGGAGCCACAGGAACCCCAGGGGAGAAGGGAGACCCUGGUGAGCUGGGCUUGACUGGAAAUGAGGGCCCAGCAGGGCCAAAGGGUGACAAAGGAGACAAAGGAGAGGUGUCCAAUGAUGUGCUCCCCACAGGUGCCAAAGGUGACCAAGGCCCGCCUGGCCCCCCUGGACCUCCGGGCCCUCCAGGUCCCCCAGGACCCCCUGGAAGCAGAAGAUCUAAAGGCCCUCGGCAGCAAAACAUGUUCAAUGGCCAGUGUUCAGGUGAGACAUGCGCUACACCGAACGAUGGCACGUUGGUUGGAAAAGCUGAUGAGAAGGUCGGGGAUCACCAUUCUCCACUCGCAGAAUCCGUGAUCGCUUCUGUUGGAAGUCCAACACAAGUACUGAAAGUUAGAGAGACAUUUGGGACGUGGAUAAGAGAGUCUGUGAACAAGAGUGAUGAGCGGAUCUGGGUGACGGAACAUUUCUCAGGCAUCAGGGUGAAGGAAUUCAAAGACCAGCCCUCACUGCUGAAUGGCAGUUACACACUCGUGCACCUGCCGUAUUAUUUCCAUGGCUGUGGGCAUGCCGUUCACAACAACUCUCUCUACUACCACAAAGGAGGCUCCAACACCAUAGUGAGAUUUGAUUUUGGCAAAGAAACAUCCCAAACUCUGAAGCUUGAAAAUGCCCUGUAUUUUGAUCGAAAAUACCUCUUUGCAAAUUCCAAGACUUACUUCAAUUUAGCUGUGGAUGAGAAGGGCCUUUGGAUUAUCUACGCUUCAAGUGUGGAUGGCUCGAGCAUUCUCGUCGCCCAGCUGGAUGAGAGGACAUUCUCUGUGCGGCGGCACAUCAAUACCACGUACCCCAAAGCCAAGGCUGGCAACGCCUUCAUCGCCCGAGGGGUCCUGUAUGUCACAGACACAAAAGAUGCGAGGGUCACGUUUGCUUUCGAUUUGUUAGGACAGAAACAGGUCAGCGCCAACUGGGACUUGAGAACCUCCCAGUCCGCUCUUGCCAUGUUAUCAUACAACAUGAGAGACCAGCACUUAUAUUCGUGGGAAGACGGCCAUUUAAUGCUUUAUCCUGUGCGGUUUUUGUUAUCUACAUUAAACCAGUGAGGAGAUGCAUUGCUCCCCCUCAGUAA